GAAGUAGAUUAUCUAGAUCAGUUUGCUGUAAAGGAGAUUAUAUUAAUUUGGCUUUCUUGAGUUUGUUUCCAUUAAAUUUGAAAGGACAUCGUGUAGAAUUUGCUUUUAUAAUAUUGAUGGUCCUGGUGUGUACCGAAUAUGGGCUGAUUCGCAUACCUAACAAAGCACAGCUACAAAUUCGAGGAUGCAAUAAAACAUACAGGCAGAAAUAAUAGUAUUUUUGCUAGGCGACCUUUCUAUUGAUUACGAUUCUAUAGACAGGCUGCUGUAUUGUUUUGAUUAGGAAAAUCAAUUGGACAGGUACAGCUACGGAUUACGUUAUCUAAGGUCAUCCCUAUAGUCAUAGAAGACAUGGAGGAGCAGACAGGCUCUCCUGGAGCCAACACUGACAGCAACAACCAGAGGAAUGGAGAUGAGAAACCCAGACGUGGCAGCUGGACCAAGGGGAGGAAGAGGAAGAAGCCAAUGAAGGACAGCAACGCACCCAAGGCCCCCCUAACAGGCUACGUUCGCUUCAUGAACGACAGACGGGAGCAGCUACGGGCAGAGCGUCCAGACGUGCCCUUUCCAGAGAUUACGAGGAUGCUGGGCAACGAGUGGAGCAAGCUGCCCCCUGAGGAGAAGCAGCGAUACUUGGAUGAGGCGGAGCGAGAUAAGGAGCGCUACAUGCGGGAGCUAGAAAAGUACCAGAAGACAGAGGCCUACAAACAUUUCACCCGGAAGGUCCAGGAGAAGCAGAAGGGCAAGCGGCACAGGGGAGAUGUUGGGCACCAGGUAGCUAACGAGGCUCUUCAUGAGAAGGAUGCAGAAGGGAAGGACAGAACUGUCUUUGACAUCCCGAUCUUCACAGAAGAGUUCCUCAACCACAGCAAAGCACGUGAAGCUGAGAUGCGGCAGCUGCGUAAGACCAACAUGGAGUAUGAGGAGCGUAACGCAGCGCUGCAGAAGCAUGUGGAGAGCAUGCGCGGGGCGGUGGAGAGGCUGGAGGGUGACGUGAUGCAAGAGAGGGGACGCAACGGUCUCCUCCACCAACACCUGGAGACCCUGCGCCAGGCGCUUACCUCCAGCUUCUCUGCUGUACCUCUGCCAGGUAGCGGAGAGACACCCUCUCUUGAAACCAUUGAUUCCUACAUGAAGAAGCUCCACAGCAUCAUUGUCAGUAACCCCCAAGAACAUGAGAAUCUCAUCAACACUGUGAGAGACGUUGUCAACCGUUUGGACAGAUAAUUGGACCAAGUCCACCUGAUUUGAUGGAUUUGAGAUUCACAGCGACAUUAAGCCGAUUCUAUUCUUAGGUUGAUGCCUUGCUCCUUCACGGUGAAUCUUCCUGUCAAUCUGUCAUCCCAGUCAACUUUAAAAUAUCGUUUAUUACCCUGCUAAGGUGAUGUAGCUGAGGAUGAUUUCGCGUCUGAUAUUAUUUAUUGGUUUUUUUUGUUGUUUUUUUUUUACAUUUUUUACACAUCUUUUUCUUUCACUCUUUAUUAAUAUAGCUGUAGUUUGUUUUAAUCAGAUGACAGGACAUGAAACAGUUUUCUUUCACUCCUUGCUUCUGUUCUGUCCUCGCCGUCCAUUUAUAGCAAAUGCUUCCACAACAUUUAAACCACUAUCAGACAUUUUGUAUCUGAUCAAAGAAAAACUGUGUCAGUGGGUUUGUAUUUACCAUAUCAAAAAAAUAUUGUUAGGCCGACUUUGUUUUCAUGCUCUGUUGAUGAAAAAUGUGCCAUUUAUGUUUUUGUCCCUCUGUGAAAAGGUGUUUUUGUGUUUUCAAUAAAUGUAUUUACAUCA